UGAGGAUUGGCUGUAAGGAGCUUUUGCGGAAAGGAAAGAUAAACAUUUCGGUAACCCAGCAAACUGACAUUUAAACGGAACUACCAUGAGCUAAAGCGACAUUCAGCACUGUAAACAUCCCGGACUCUUCGUUUAGGUGUGUGAGAGAGAGUUUGGCAGACAUGGUGGAGGUGUUUUCUGGUCGGACUCUGCUGAAUAAAGACGGGGACUUCGUGGACCCCGAGGAAACGCUGAGGAACAAAGUGGUGGGGAUUUACUUCUCUGCCGGCUGGUGCCCUCCGUGUCGGGACUUCACACCUGUCCUUUGUGAUUUUUACACGGAGCUGGUGGAGGAAAGUGAGCCUCCUGCUCAGUUUGAGAUCGUGUUCAUCUCCUCAGACAAGUCGCUGGAUGACAUGGUCGAAUAUUACCAUGACAUGCACGGAGACUGGCUGGCUUUGCCCUGGAGUGAUGAUUAUAAGCAUGAGUUGAAGCAGCGCUACAAAAUCACAGCAGUUCCCAAACUGGUGAUCGUGAAGGAGAACGGCGAGGUGAUCACCGACAAGGGCAGGAAGCAAAUCCGAGACCGAGGCCUGGCCUGCUUCAGGACUUGGCUGGAUGCGGCUGAGAUUUUUCAGAACUUCAAGGCUUAAGGAGAAGCAUAAACCCAAAGUCACCUGUAAAAUACUUCAUUCACUUCAGCUCCAGUCCGAAUUGUGUGCAAACUAAGUUGAAAAACACUUCUCUUACUUAUUGAUUGGAUAUUUUUAGCCUUAAAACACUGUGAUUGAGCUCGGCUGAUUACAGCUUUGCAAACAUGAAGUUACAUACUAAGAUGCUGCUUUAGUUGGAGACCUUUCUAUGCAUACGAGAUAAAUCUCAGGCUCAGCUGUAAGUGAAGUUGUACAUUUUGUGUGAUUAACAGCUGCCGUAGAUCUCAGGUUACAUUACAGCAUGCUUCUGCAGCAGUUAAGCUUUCAGCAACACCUUCAACCUCCACUUAAGGAGAAAUGUAAAAUACUUCAUCUGUUAUUCAUUAAACUGCCUGUAUAUUUUAUUUCAUUUUAUUUUUUUGCAUUUUUAAAAAAAUUGGUAAUUAAAAUGCAUACCAUGGAAUCUCUAGUGCUUUGGUUUAUACAUCACUCAGCUUGUGCUAAACAGAAAAACAAACUCGAUUCCCUUUUGCCUCAUUAAAUGGUAGAAAUCCCAAAGGGUCUGUUUCCAGCAUGCUCGCACCUUCACAAACCUUAUUGCAUGUUUCCUCUGUGCAUGCUGAGGAUGGCUGUAUUCGCAGCCAUCAAUUUGUGCGAAUACAUCCCACACCAUGAUGACUUCAUGGUCCUUAUAGAGCACAACAGUCCCUGCAGGCCUGCUUGCUUUGAAACUCCAUCAAAGUGUUCACGGCUGCUAAUUAUGCCCGCUUGCUCUUUCAAGGAAUAAACUGCACCUUUCGUCAAA